UUAAUGCAUUAAAAAAGACGGUAAAUUGACAGGGUGAUGAGAGUAUAUAUAUGGUAGAGUAGCCUGUGACUAAUUCUGUCAUACAAACAGGAGACAACAUAUUACUAAUUAGUAAAUCAAGAAGAUUUAAUUAGUGAAAGUUACUUAGCAAUUUUAUUACUUCAUUAACCAAAAAAAAUGGUUAGAGGAAUGAUGGGUUGGGGUGUUAAUACUGAUGAACAAGGAUGGAGAAAAGGACCUUGGACUCCUGAAGAGGAUAAGCUUCUCUCUGAGUAUGUUAAUUUGCAUGGUGAGGGAAGAUGGAGUUCUGUAUCUCGUUGUGCAGGAUUGAACAGGACUGGGAAGAGUUGUAGACUAAGAUGGGUGAAUUACUUGAGGCCUGGACUUAAAAGAGGUCACAUAACACCUCAAGAGGAAGGGAUUAUUAUUGAAUUACAUGCUUUGUGGGGCAACAAAUGGUCAACAAUAGCACGUUACUUGCCUGGAAGGACAGAUAACGAGAUAAAAAAUUACUGGAGAACACAUUUCAAGACAAAAGUAAAAGUUCCUGUAAAGCAAGAUAAAAAGAGAAUUCUGAGGCAGAUGAGAAACCAAACACAGCAAAAUUAUACAAACGUAUCCACAACGGACAUGUCACCUCAAGCAGAAGAAGUGAUCAUGAUCAAGAGCGAUGACGAUAACAUGUUCAGUAUUAAUUAUAAUAACGAUGAGGAUCCGGUUGAGUUGCCACCAGUGACAACUAUUUCAGACACAUGGACGGAGAAUUUUCCGAUGGAUGGGUUGUGGAACAUAGAUGAUGAGUUGAAGGUGGCAAUUCAAAAUCAAGCAGCUACUGCUAAUUGUUCUUACGGAACUGAUUAUGCAGUAAACUUAUAUAAUGGAGGUUUUAUUUUCUGAAAAAUAAAAGCGUUCAUAAUGGAACUAAGUAAUUAAUUAGUCAGAUGGUACGUGUAUGUUCAAAAUGCUUUUAAUUUUGAAGAAAAAGAUUUGGUACAGUACAAGUGAUUGAUUAUGGUUCUGUAUGAUGAUUUGUAUUUAAUUAACAUGAUUAGUGAAUUUGAUGAAUAUCCAAAAUCAACUUCUUUUAUAGCUAUCGAGAGUAUAAUCUGAGUGUUUCAUUUGAUUUGAUUCUAAGUUAUGAUAAUCUUUGAACUGGAAUAAAUUGACUUCUAUUAGCUAGCUAACUAUAGGGUUAAUGAAUACCAAUAAUUUGAAUGUGUCAUUUUGUUACCUAUCUCUUUUAUUUCAUUCAUCAUUUCUUUCUUUAUAUUUAUUCAUAUUUCACACUAUAGAACCAAAAAAAAGAAGAGCAAAACUCAGACAAUGAUACAAAUAUCACUACAUAAAAAAUUAAGUUUUAGCGGCAAUUAAUUAGCAAUCACUGCUAUAUAUAUACUUGUAGCGGUAAUUAACACUUUUUAUAUGUCCCUAAAAGCUUUAGCGACAUUGGAUCUAAUGACACUUUAACUAAUGCCGGUAAAAACUUUAGCACUCUUUUUUAUGUGUCUAUUCAUUACUGCUAAAAGUUAUUUUUAUCAUAGUAUAUGAUGAACUACUAAAAAUACAAAUUAACCGUUAAAUUGAAAAGUAAAAAAAAAAAU